AUGUAUUUGGGCUUUGCAAUCCUGGAGAAAGACGCAGACGCCAUAAACCUGGACGGUGGUAAUCAUUCCGUUAUCGCUGAACCUGUCGACCCUCAACUUCUCCAGAAGCGUUUCCUAGCUUAUCAGAACCGGUUCAAACAAUCCCAACAACUUGAGGACCUCAACGCAGCCAUAAAGUAUGCAGAAGCGACCCUUGACGCCUUGGAGACUGGCACUUCCCAGUUUCUCGAUACGACCAUAGCCCUCAUCAACCUUUUUCUCGAAAGGCAUGUCAAAACUCCUACAACAGCUGCUCCUUUGCGGAGAGUGAUUCAAUUCUAA